AGGUGUAGAUGACAAAGGGUGACUGUAUACUUAAGAGCAAUGUCCGCAAUGAUUUUCUCCUCUCUGUUCAGAUUCUGCACUCACAGAUUCAGCUGUCUGGAAGGACUCAAACACCAUCGAACAUGGAAACAAUGCAGUACAAUUUUAUUUCAGUGGCAUCGGUCUCUUCAUGUGGACAGUGUCCCUCACAAGCCCUCACUCACCACCAGCUAUGUCCAUGGCACCUCCUCUGCCUCUCUGCUUGCCCUGACUGUUGGACAGAGCUUGGACACCACGGUCCAACGCUGUCCUGACAGAGAAGCUGUGGUUUUUCUGCAGGAUGGCAUACGGAAAACCUUUGCACAAUUUCAGCAAGAUGUUGACAAGGUGGCUGCAGGUCUGCAUGCUCUUGGUUUGAAGCAAGGUGAUCGACUAGGAAUCUGGGGACCAAACGUGUAUGAAUGGAUCCUUUUCCAGUUUGCAUCAGCCAAGGCUGGAAUCAUAAUGGUGUCUCUAAACCCAGCAUAUGAGCUGGAAGAAGUAGAAUUUACUUUGCGAAAGGUCCAGUGUAAAGCAGUUUUGUGUCCCACCCGCUUUAAAACUCAGAACUAUUGUGAGAUGCUGAGGGAGAUCUGUCCAGGAACCGACUCGAUGCCGGUCAGCAUGACCAGAAGUUCCAGGGUGCCGGACUUGCGGAUGAUAAUUGUGACUGACAGCAGACAGCCAGGGAUGCUCCAUGUGGAAGAUGUGAUGCAGGCUGGGGAAAGUAGACACUAUAAGGAGCUGAUGGGCAUACAGAACAAGCUUUCAUUUGAUGAUCCCAUCAACAUUCAGUUCACAUCAGGAACCACUGGGAAGCCAAAGGGAGCCACUCUUUCCCACCACAACAUUGUCAACAACGCUUAUUUCCUGGGUCUGCGUGUAGGUUAUGAUUGGAGACCUCAGGUACGAGUGUGUGUUCCCGUGCCGAUGUACCACUGUUUUGGCUCCGUAAUCGCAGCGAUGAGUAUGGCAGUUCACGGAAUCACGCUGGUCUUCCCUUCCUCCAGCUACAACAGCCGUGCCAAUCUAGAGGCCAUCCAGAAUGAAAGGUGCAAUUUUGUCUACGGGACUCCCACCAUGUAUACGGACUUGCUCAACCAAGAUUUGCACCAGUAUAAUUUGUCAUCAGUUGAAGCUGGACUAAUGGGAGGUUCUCCGUGCCCGCCUGAGGUUCUCAGGAAGCUCAAAACAGAAAUGAACAUGAGAGAGAUAACAAUUCUUUAUGGAACCACUGAAAAUAGUCCCGUUACGUUCCUGGGAUUUCCUGAAGACAACGAGGAGAUGAAGAUAAACACAGUUGGGUGUAUCAUGCCUCACACCGAGGCCAAGGUGGUGGAUCCUGUCACAGGGGACAUUGUGACUGUGGGAGCAUCAGGAGAGCUCAUGAUCAGAGGCACCUGUGUGAUGUCUGGGUACUGGGAUGAUCCUGGGAAGACUAAAGAGGUGAUCUCCAGGGAUCGCUGGUACAGAACUGGUGACACAGCGAGCCUGAACAGUCUGGGAUACUGCCGCAUCGAGGGACGCAUAAAGGACAUGAUCAUCCGUGGAGGGGAAAAUAUUUACCCUGCUGAGAUAGAACAAUUUCUCUACAGGCACCCAAAGGUCAUGGAGGUGCAGGUGGUUGGCGUAAAAGACGAGAGGCUUGGUGAGCAGGUGUGUGCCUGCAUCAGGCUCAGGCAGGGACAAACCUCCACAGCACAGGAGAUAAGAAGCUUCUGCAAAGGCAAAAUUUCCCACUUUAAGAUCCCUCACUAUGUGAUUUUUGUGCACAACUACCCGCUCACUGUCUCGGGAAAGAUCAAGAAGAACCAAUUAAAGGAGGAAAUGGAGAAAAAACUCGGUCUUUAAUUUGUUAAAUCGUACUGGACACUGAGCAACAUGAUCAGGAAAAUGAAGAUUAUAAUAGGACAGAACUAUUUCAAUAAAUUCAUUUAUUUUGUGCAUCAAAAGUCUCCAAAGUAAUCUUAUUUUCCUAGGAAAGAUUUUUGUUUAGUGACAACUGUAAUUGUUUUUCUAAAAGCAUUUCAGAGGCAACAAGGUAAAAUAAGCCUUAAGUAUAAACACUAUGAUGCUGGAAACUCGGUCCUGGUCCUAUACAUGAACAUAUUAAGAGCAACAAUCAUAAGUGUUGAUUAGAGCCACAAGAUAUCAUAGAAAAUUAGGCAGAUCUAUCUAAAGCAGAUUAUAUAUUAUUUUAAUAAUAAUAAUUUAUUAUUUAUUAUUAUCUAAUUAUAUUAGGACAAACACACACGUUUAUUAAUCUCAAUCUUUAUUUACUUUAACAAUUCUGACAAACAUCAUUAAACCACUGUAGGAUAGUAAAAUCUGAACACAUGCCAUACAGAAUCUGAAAUAAAUAAGACUUUGAGGCCAAAUGUGAGCAAAGUCAGCCAUCUUUAUAAACUCUACUGUACAAACUGGCUGAAGAACUCCCUCCAGUAGCAGGCUCCUAGUGCACCCAAAGUCAGAUCUCAUUAAUCCUAAUUACAAAUACUAAUGUCUGAUCUACACUCUGAGCUGUGAAAAUGGCAACAGCAAGGAAUUAAAAGGACGAAGGGGGUAAUGUUUGCAGACGGCUUGUUAGUAAACAAUGUAAACUUAAAGAUGAUAGAUCGCAGCUGCCAACAAGAAAUCCUUCCAAAUAAACAUUAAAGUAAGUCACUGCCAAUGUACUGCACCCAAAAUAAACUUCUGCAAUGAACCAAAUUUGGAUUUACAAAAAAAUGUUUCAUCUGUUCUAUUCUGCUUUGAAGAUUAUAGGCAGAAAUGUGGGAAUCGUACUCACACCCUCAAGUUAUAUCUAUGAGUUCAUGCAAGAAGCUAGCAGUAAAAAAAAACUAAAUAAAUAAAUAAGGAAAAA